AUGGACCGCGACGUGUACGCGCUGCUGCCACUCCCCGCGCUCGGGUCUGUGCCGCUAUCUUUCCGCAUCUCUUCGAUACAAGGCUUUCUUGCCCGGCACUCUGCCGUGCAGCUCUUGGACGAGCCACAGGCGCGACUAUGGGGAAAGCACAAUGACGAAUUUCCCGACCUUUACGUAGAAGUGAGGGUGUAUGCGGACAACAAACCUCUUUCUGAGCCUGUUCGUACAAGCUACAAAUCAAUGAGAAAUGGCUGGAGAUUCAACGAGUCUAUAACAUUUGCGACCUUGCCACUAUCCUCACUACCACUCAACUCUCAGGUAGGCUUGACCAUCUGGGACUCCGCAGGAAGACUAGAGGGUGGUAAGAGAUGCGUCGGCGGAACUACUUUCAAGCUCUUUGGCAAGAAAGGCACCUUGAAAACAGCGUCACACAGGUUGUUCGUUUGGCCAGAGGUGCAAGCGGAUGGAAGUGCAGAGACAUCGACGCCAUCGAAGCAGGGCAAGGAUGAGAUGGGUAGGCUAGAAAAGCUCAUCAAGCUUCACGAAGCAUCAUCCCUCCCGCGGCUGGCUUGGCUGGACAAGCUGACCUACCGGCAGAUUGAGAGAAUCAAUGCAGAGCAAGGUGUGCACUCUAAGGCUAUGUGGCUUUAUGUUGAUCUGCCCCGUUGGGAUGCGCCGGUCGUCUGGUGUGAGCUGGAAGGGAAUCCUGCGCAUACCAUGGCAUCGACCUCAGCAGCGCCUACAGGCGUUGAACCAGCCAACACCACGCCGGUGGUUGGCGCGAUCGAUACUGGCUUCUUCACAGUCUUUGACGCCGAGCAGAUUCCCAUGCAGGAUCCUCUGGAUGGUAGAUGGGGACUAUUGGAAAACCCAAUCGAGGCCAAAUCAAGGCGUCUGGCCAGAAGCCACCGCAACGGACCGCUCGAUCGAGAGCUAAAGCCAGACGCCGCAAUUCGAGACGAGCUCAAUGAUAUCCUCUCCUACCCACCCACUCGAGCACUGACCUCACGAGAAGCAGAUCUCCUAUGGUCGUUCCGCUUCUAUCUGUCAAGAUUCCCGGGUGGCCUGACUAAAUUUCUCAAGUCUGUGUCCUGGUCAGAUCAGGGAGAAGCAAAGCAAGCCACUGAGGUGCUGAUGCCCAUGUGGGCCAAGAUUGGCCUAGACGAUGCUCUUGAGCUACUUGGACCUGGCUUCCGUGACCAGCGUGUUCGGCAUUACGCAGUUCAGACAUUGGAGCGCGCCGACGAUGACGAACUUAUUCUGUACCUACUACAGUUGGUCCAAGCGUUAAAGUUCGAUGACGCGUCAGCUGUUGGAGCUUCGGAGCCCGGACCAUUGACCUCGUUCGGUCCAGAGAGCGGGAUUCCCAGUGGAGCGAACUCUGCUUCCCUUGCACACACGGCAGCAGGCGACAUCAUCGGCGUCUCGCAGACUCUGAGGCCCUAUUUGAUCAAUCGCGCUCUGAAGUCUGCUCAGUCCGGCGACUUGGUACUGGCCAACAACUUAUACUGGUACCUGACGGUAGAGACGGAGGACAAGAGAUGGGGCCGCAUGUAUCGAGAUGCGAAGCAAGAGUUUCUGCGCUCGUGCGAGAGUGUGAAGGUGGGCGAUGCUCUGCUAGCCUCAUUAUUCAAACAACAAGCCGCGCUCGUUGCCCAGCUUAGCAAGCAAGCUCUCCUUCUUCGGUCCUCCAAGGACGCUCGCCCAAAGAAAAUUGACAAGCUCCGAGCUUUCAUUGCGGAUCCAAAGUCAAAAUUGCAGGAUUUCGAGGCAUCAGGUCUGCCGCUGCCGCUGGACGCCACGGUCCGCGUAAGUGGCAUCAGGGCCGAGGAGAGCACAAUCUUCAAGAGCAACCUAUUUCCGUUACUGCUGCAAUUUGACAGAGUACCGCAGCUGCAGCCGUCACACGAAACCGGAGAAGCGUCGACUGAGUCGUAUGGCGUCAUCUUCAAGAAUGGCGACGACCUUCGCCAGGACCAGUUGGUGAUUCAGCUUUUCACCUUGAUGGAUAAGCUGUUACGCAACGAGAAUCUCGACCUGCGCAUGACGCCCUAUCGCGUCCUAGCUACGGCCUCGCUAGACGGAAUGGUUCAAUUUGUGCAAUCCGCGAGCGUGGCAAGCAUCCUGUCGACCCACAGCGGAAGUCUAUUGAACUAUCUGCGCUCAUAUCAUCCUGAUGAGACCAGUUUGGCUACUUAUGGUGUGAAGCCAGAAAUUCUGGACACCUUUAUCAGGAGCUGUGCCGGAUAUUGUGUGGUCACGUACCUCCUCGGCGUGGGGGACCGCCAUUUGGACAAUCUUUUGUUAGCGCCUGAUGGUCAUUUCUUCCACGCAGUGGACUUUGGCUACAUCCUUGGCAGAGACCCGAAACCGUUUCCUCCAGCUGUCAAGCUUUGCAAGGAGAUGGUGGAUUGCAUGGGUGGAACGCAAUCGCAGCACUACUUGCGGUUCAAGAGUCUCGCUCAUACGGCUUUCGCAACUUUGAGAAAAAACGCUAACCUCAUUUUGAAUUUGAUCGCGCUGAUGGUGGAUGCCAAUGUGCCCGACAUCAGAGUGGAGCCAGACAAAGCCGUACUCAAGGUUCAAGAAAAAUUCCGCCUUGAGCUUGGAGAAGAAGAGGCAAUCCAAUUCUUCGACGGCCUUCUCAACGAGACAUCGUAUGUCACCAUGGUAUUUGAUCGGCUACACGAUGCAGCACAAUUCUUUAGGUCAUGA